AUGGCCUCUGCCCCCCAGGUGCUGGAGUGGGAGGAGCAGCAGCUGGACCAGCCCGUGGACUUCAGCAGCGCCAAGAUCGACCCCGCACCCUUCCAGCUGGUGGAGCACACGUCGCUGCACAAGACCCCCACCAUGCCACUGGCCCCCACUCUCCCUGCCACAGCCACCUGCAAAGAUUUUGAGACUGGAGGGAGCCUGAAGACAGGGAGGGAUCUCCAGCUUGAGGAACUAAGGCAGCCUGAAGCCAACUAA